CUCUUGGAAUGUCAAUAGGGGAGGAGACUGUGAUAUUGGAGGUUAUAAAGAAGGAGUAGAUGUAGCAAUACUCUCAUUUCAUUGGCUGUAUCUAAAUUCCAUUGGCUGUAAUCCAAAUUCCACAAAGGCAAUACUCGCAUUUCAUUGGGUUAAAAAAUCACAUGACAUAGGAUAUGCAUUUCAUUGGCUCUGGCCACAUUCCGCUAGAGCACACGGAAAUGCUGCAAGAGUCUCCAGACCUAAUCCUAGCGCUCUUGAUUUUUUGCCCCCGAGCUAUUAGGUCUGGCCCCCAGACUAGUUCAGUAAAUGGUCUGUGUUAUGAGCUUUGGAAAUUCAGAUUCCAGGCGUAGGGAAAAAGCGCUGUUGAAGGGGGCAGUCGAGGCUAGUACGUGUGACAAUGUUGAAAGCUGUCUACCACCAGUUGAACCACCACCUCGUUAUGGUCCGUUCUCUACUGCAGCUGACGGAUGCCAUUACGUGUUGAUGGGGAAAGGUCCAGACGUGAGGUCUAACAUUAUUGCUGUGUGUGAUCCAAGCACUGAGCUGUGGAGCCUCUUGCCCACCACUGGACCUCUACCCUAUGGAGAGCAUAGUGGUUGCUCUGUUUGUGUAGGUCGUUGCCUGUACACCUUUGGUGGUGACGAUGGGUCUACUUACUUGAGCAAGCUUGAUGGGUCUUCUUACGUCAAUGACUUGAGCAAGCUUGAUCUGGACACUCUCCAGUGGACCAAAGUUCAAUCUUGUGGUAGUCAGCCUAUGAAAAAGGUUUUCUGUGGACUUGUCAGUGUGAAUGAGAGAACUCUGUGCUGCUUUGGAGGACUCUGUAUUGAGGGCUCCACACAACCAGGAUCAACAUUCACCAGUCCAUGGUCUGAUGGACGUGGAUUGACGAACGAGUUCCAUUUCUUUGAUAUACAAAAUGGUGUCUGGUCGUCCCCUGAGCUCAGAGGAGAGAGACCUCCUCCCUGUAGUGACUUCACCUUUACCAUGGUGGACCAGCACAGGGCAGUCCUCUUUGGAGGGUACCAAUGUGGCCGUUGGGUCAAUGAUGUCUACGUAUUCGAUUUUAGGACCAUGGAGGUCACUAAGGUGAAGCCAGUACAGGGAGAGCCAUGGCCAGUGGAGAGGAGAAGCCAUGCUGCCUGUUGUCUCAACUAUGGCCAGGACCACCCUCAACUACUGGUGCACGGAGGAGAGGAUACUAGAAACCAGGUAUUGGCAGACAUGUGGAUACUAGAUGUGGACACUGGCAAGUGGACAGAGGUGACACUUCCUGAGUCAGUGACGCAGCGUUACUUCCACUCCAUCACUGCCACCAGUCUAAGACCAGGACUCACUGAGGUCCUCGUGUUUGGAGGCAAACCGACUAGUUAUAGAUACUUAACGACAGUUGCUGAGACCACCAUACUGAGAUUUGAGUUGACUGGACCCUCAGCGUCUGUUGCUGGAUCCUCAGCUGGGAAGUGGGCUCUCGUGGAUGUGGCCCACAACGACACUAGAGGCUCCACCCAGCGACUGAGUGAGAAGAGGAUCAGACAAGCAACUGCUCGUGCCUCAUCAGUCAGUGAGACCAGCGACCACUCCUCUCAAGACCGGGUGAGGGCUCUGGAACAACAGUUACGUGCAGCAGAGCAGAGAGAGCAUGACAAUCAACGUCACCACCAACUACAGUUGCAAGAGAAAGAUCGAGAAUUGGCUGAGGCCAGCAGAAGAGAAGCUGACCUGUCUGCUCGAAUCACAGCUCUAGAGAGGGAGUUAGAAGGCAAAACGAAAGAGUUGGCAGCGCACAACGCAGAGGUGUGGAGGAUUCCGGCCAACAGAGUGAUUACGAUGAGAACGAUUGGCACUGGAAGAUGGGGGGAGGUGCUGGAGGGAACAGUGACUGUGGCCGUCAAGCGACUCUUUGCUGCCAUUGUCAACCCACGCAAUCUGGAAAGACUCCAGAGAGAAAUGAUGCUCUUGGCUGAAGUACGACACCCCAACCUGGUGCAGUUCAUUGGGGCAGUGUUUGACCAGUCCCCUCCUCUCAUCAUCACCGAGCUUCUGGACAUGAAUCUCCGACAAGCGUACGAAGAGAAUCAACUGGAUCCAGGAAACCGCCUCUCGAUCUUCAUGGAUAUUGCCCUAGCUCUGAACUACCUGCACCAGCGCUACGAUCCCAUCAUCCACCGUGAUGUGAGUGCUCCCAACGUCCUCCUCCAGCGAAUGCCCAACCACCAGUGGAAGGGGAAGGUCUCUGACCUGGGCUCUGCCAACUUCCUGCAGCAUGCUCAUACGAUGGGAGAGGGGGCCAUAAUCUACUCCCCUCCUGAAGUCAUCCCUCAACCACUUGCACGACCUCCUCCACAAACUGUCAAGAUUGAUGUGUACAGCUACGGCAUUGUGUUGGCUGAAGUGACUGCCAGUCGAUUUCCGAGUCAAGACAAUUUCCCUGAGAUGUUUGAGAGAAUCAAGAGAGAGCGUCCUGCAGUGUAUGAGCUGAUACUCGGCUGUAUUGAGAGAGAGCCCAGCCAUCGACCCAGCAUGUCACAGGUGAUGGUGGAACUGAACAAAAUAGCACCCUUUUAAUUGUUAGUUUUUGUUCAAGCCGGUAUUGAGCUACAUGUGUUUUUUGUAUGCUUAGUGAUUACAUGUAUAGUACCUUAAUUCUUUUCUAUCUACUUUUGUGGCAAUUAUG